GACAAAAGUCGCCAAAAUGCCAAAGAAAAACAAAGAAAAAACUGUUUCAUCUGUAGAGAAGGCGGAAAAAUCAGACCAAUACAUGUCAUCUUCUCAAAACAGCGACCAAAGUAAUAGUCCAUUACGAGGUGAAACACCAAUGGUUGUUGGUAAAGGCAAAAAAAGAGCAUUUGACCAAGCUAAUGAAGAGCCCGAGGAAUUUGGACAAGGAUUGCAGAAGAUGCUUGAGUGUUUCGGAAGUGAUUACAUAAAGAAUUCUCUUAACAAUAAGAGAAAGCGCCUGGAACAGUUGACUCAAGGAGCUUUGCGAGCCAGCAGCAAAACUGUUGAUGAUAUUUGGAAGGUCCAAACAAAUGAAAGGCAGAGACUACAGGAAGAGUACUACAAGCAGGUGAAUGCAGUAUUCCAGCAAUGGGAGUCAGACUUGGACAAAACCAAGGACCAGGAAGGAAAGCUUGCGUUGCUCUUCAAACAGCAGCAGAAAUUAUUUGAACAGGCGAGAGCAGUCCAAAGUCAGAGGCUGAAAACAAUCAAACAGUUGCAUUCCCAAUAUGUGAAGGGUCUUGAUGAGCUGGAGAAGAGCCACCAGAACCAGGCUGCUAGUGCCAACGUGGAACUUAAGAAGGAGAUGAGUCUGCUUCAGAAGAAGAUCCUCAUGGAUACUCAACAACAAGAGAUGGCGAAUGUGAGGAAGUCCUUGCAAACGAUGCUGUUCUGAACCCACUCCAUGAUGUUAUUAAUUAACUCCUGCUGUUAUGUUUUAUUUUAUGGCGGGACUUGUAUGCAACCAUUCGAAAAUCGCAUUCUAAUUGAAAUGUACAUUUUGAUUCUAUGAAACAUAAUUAAAUUAGAUAAGAUCAUGUGAAACGAACUGUUGUUGAUGUGUACAUAUAAUGCAAAACUGGUUGUUAUUUAUUUUUAUGUUGUCCUGUGUACCUUUGUUUAAGAUGUUAA